GGCCGCGCUUUUUUUCGAGAGCCGAAGGAGCGAGGAGAAGACCCUCUCAAAGUCCGUGGCGGAGGUUUAGGGAAGCUCGUGGCCGCAGGCGGUUAUUGCGCCCUUUAGCGCCUAUCGCGGUUAGGGAGAUCGGAUCUUUGAUCCCGCCAUAUAUUCCCGCGUGCGGAGCCAGGUCGGCGUUAUUAACGGACGAGGCCGGCCAGCGAGCUAAUCAGCGAGACAUGGCCAACGUUUCGCUCGACAAGGAUACGUUUUUCCGGCGUAUUAAGCGCUUGUACGGCGCUUGGAAGGAUGGAGAGGCCGGCAGCGAUGACAGCCUUGGCAAAAUGGAUUGCCUCGUCUCGGUCGUUGGGGCCGACGAGGACGUUGUUUACAGCAAGUCCACGGCUCUCCAGACCUGGCUUAUUAAUUACGAACUACCGGAUACUGUCAUGAUUUUGGCCGACGAUUCCAUUAAUUUUCUUGCAAGUAAGAAAAAAAUUGAAUUCUUGCGAAAAUUAGAAGACACAAAAUCGGAAGAUAACGGCGUUCCUCCUGUGAAACUCUUCAUUAGAGACAGAGGCGACGAAGAUAAAGCCAAUUUUGCAAAACUCAUAGAUAUUAUUAAAAGCAGCAAAAAGGGUAAAAUGACUGGGAUAUUUAGCAAAGAUAAUUACAAAUCUGGUUUUGCAGAAGCGUGGAAGACAGCCGUGAAGAAAGAAAAUUUUGAUACCGUCGAUGUGAGUGCUGCCGUAGCCUAUAUAAUGUGCCCAAAAGAAGAUUCUGAAAUUCUUACGGUUAAAAAAGCUUGUUUAGUGUCGGUCGAUGUUUUUACAAAGUACCUUAAAGAUCAGAUUUUGGAAAUUAUUGAUAACGAUAAGAAAGUGAAGCAUUCGAAACUGGCGGAUGGAGUGGACGCUGCAGUAACGGACAAAAAGUAUGUCACAGGCGUCGAUACCUCUCAAGUAGAUAUGUGCUACCCAGCCAUAAUUCAAAGCGGUGGCAAUUAUUCCUUGAAAUUCAGCGCUGUCAGUGAUAAUAAUGUGCUUCAUUUUGGUGUCAUAAUUUGUUCGUUAGGAGCUCGUUACAAAAUGUAUUGUUCUAACAUUGUUAGAACCUUAUUGGUCAAUCCAACAAGUUCAAUCGAGGAGAAUUAUAAUUUUUUACUACAAAUUGAAGAAGAGAUUUUAAAGAAACUAACGGCUGGAACGAAAUUGAGUGAAGUGUAUGAGGUUGCUAUUAAGUUUGUGAAGGAUGAGAAACCGAAAAUGGUGGAUCAUCUUACAAAAAGUUUUGGUUUUGCGAUGGGAAUCGAGUUUAGAGAAAGUUCGAUGGUCUUGGGACCCAAGACCAAUAUAUUCGCUAAAAAGGGAAUGGUCUUUAACGUUAAUGUCGGCCUAUCGAAUCUUACUAAUCCAGAAGCAACUGAUAAGGAAGCCAAAACGUAUGCACUCUUUGUAGGUGACACGGUACUUGUGAACGAGGGUCAACCAGCAUCUAUUCUCACGCCAUCUAAGAAGAAGAUAAAAAAUAUUGGUAUUUUCUUGAAAGACGAUGAAGAAGAAGAGGAAGACAGUGGUAAAGAAAAUGAGCCUAAGCCUGAGAUUCUCGGACGGGGUAAGAGGACAGCUGUCAUUGAAUCUAAGCUAAGAAUCGAGCAUAGUUCGGAAGAAAAAAGAAAGCAGCAUCAAAAGGAAUUGGCUCAGCAAUUAAAUGAAAAUGCUAAAGCUCGCUUAGCUCAGCAGUCAAGUGGCAAAGAGGAAGAAAAAAUUCGUAAAUCAACGGUCUCUUACAAAAGUCUUAAUAGUAUGCCCCAUGAUACAGAAGUGAAAGAGCUCAAGCUGUUUGUAGAUAAAAAGUACGAGACUGUAAUCUUGCCCAUCUAUGGAGUACCAGUACCAUUCCAUAUAUCGACGAUCAAAAACAUUUCUCAAUCUGUCGAAGGCGACUAUACUUAUCUCAGAAUAAAUUUCUUUCAUCCUGGUGCAACCAUGGGACGAAACGAAGGUGGUGUUUAUCCCCAGAACGACGCCACGUUCGUUAAAGAAGUGACUUAUCGCAGUACAAAUACUAAGGAACCCGGUGAAAUUUCAGCACCAUCAUCGAAUUUGAACACUGCCUUUAGAUUAAUUAAAGAAGUUCAAAAGAAAUUCAAAAACAGAGAGGCCGAGGAACGCGAGAAGGAGGAUCUUGUUAAACAAGAUACUCUAGUUUUAUCACAAAAUAAGGGAAAUCCCAGAUUAAAGGACCUAUACAUAAGACCAAAUAUUGUAAGUAAGCGAAUGACAGGUGGAUUAGAGGCACAUUCUAAUGGAUUCCGUUACACUUCGGUCAGAGGCGAUAAAGUAGAUAUUCUGUAUAAUAACAUAAAGAAUGCCUUCUUUCAACCUUGCGACGGAGAGAUGAUUAUUCUUCUUCAUUUUCAUCUGAAACACGCCAUUAUGUUCGGAAAGAAGAAGCACGUCGAUGUACAGUUUUACACCGAAGUUGGUGAAAUUACAACGGAUUUAGGAAAACAUCAGCAUAUGCACGAUCGCGAUGAUCUAGCGGCAGAGCAGUCGGAAAGGGAGCUUAGAAAAAAGUUAAAAACAGCGUUUAAAAGCUUCUGUGAAAAAGUGGAAUUUAUGACAAAACAAGAAAUUGAAUUUGAUAAGCCAUUCAGAGAUCUUGGUUUUCCUGGUGCACCAUUCAGAAGUACUGUACUCCUACAGCCGUCGAGUGGUUGUCUUGUUAAUUUAACGGAAUGGCCCCCAUUUGUUAUCACCCUAGAAGAUGUCGAGUUAGUGCAUUUUGAAAGAGUACAGUUUCAUUUGAAGAAUUUCGAUAUGAUUUUUGUUUUCAAAGAUUACCAUCGAAAAGUAGCAAUGGUAAAUGCUAUACCUAUGAACAUGCUGGAUCAUGUGAAGGAAUGGCUAAAUUCAUGCGAUAUAAGAUAUUCUGAGGGCGUUCAAUCAUUGAAUUGGACCAAAAUUAUGAAAACAAUUACCGACGAUCCGGAAGGAUUCUUUGAGAGUGGUGGCUGGACAUUUUUAGAUCCUGAAAGCGAUGCUGAGAAUGAGGAAGUUGACGAUGAAGAUGAAGAGGAAGAUGAUGCUUAUGAGCCAUCGGAUUCGGGUACUGAAGAAGAAUCCGAUGAUGAUUCCGAGUAUUCCGAGGCAUCCGAAGAUUCUGACAGCGAUGAAGAGGAAUUGGGUAGUUCAGAGGAGUCUGGGAAAGAUUGGUCAGAUCUUGAAAGAGAGGCAGCCGAAGAAGAUAAAGAGAGAGGAGAUGAAUAUGUCGAUGAUUAUAGUAAAAAUAAAAAAGGAAGUAAACACGUACCGCCCCCAAAAGAUAGACACAACUCCAAACACAAAAGUUCAUCAAAUUCAAAGAGUAAACAUUCAUCUAGUGGUAGAGACAAAGAUAGAAGAUCUUCGGAUAAACAUCACAGAUCGGAUCGAUCAAAGAGUGGGGGAUCACAUAAGAAAGUGUCAUCUCCUUCAAAAUCAUCCAAGCACAGCCCGAAGAAGAGUGAUAAGCAUGAUAGGCGUGACAAGCACAACAGUAGUAGCAGUAAACAUGACAAACAUAAAUCAUCUUCACAUUCAUCAAGUAGUAAGAAACGUUCACGAGAUGAUAGUUCUGAUAAACACAAAAGCCCUAAGAAAUCCAAAAAAUAAGUGUUGAUGUGCGCAAAUGCUGAAAGAAAACAAAUGUAAUGCCUGUAUAAUAAGCAGACUUUCAUAUUAUAAGUUACAUUAAUUGUGACUAGUUUUUUUCCGAGACUUUGUACAAGAACUCCACGAACAUUAUGAAAAUCACUCUACAGCUGUAAGGUCAUAUGAAAAUCGUCUUAGCGGUUGUAACUUUCAGUGAAAUAUUUAAGUUCAUUUACUUUUUGUUGUAUUCAUUUAACUAAGAUUCGUUAUAACUCACAAAUAUUUUUAUAAACUUCAUCUGAUAUAAAGAGAAAAAGAUAUUGUAGAGCAAAUUUCGUUUUUACAGUUUACUAUGUUACAAAUAUUUAUAUUAUUACAUGAUUAUGUUAUUAGUUUCAUACCACGUCAAUACUAUAUGUAAUGUUUUAAAUCAGGGACGACUUUUAUACUGAAGAAAAUUUGUAGUGUACAGUUGUAAUAAUUAUUAGUACAAGUUUAUUCAGACAGUAAAAAGU